AUGGCUACCGUGACCUACCGCGACGGCAUCGCUAUCCUCCAGCUCAUCUUCUUUCCAGUGCUUCUCGUUGCUGCACUUUUUAUCUGGAAACGAACUGGCUGGAAGGCUGCCCGCAAAUCUUGGCGCUUUGUCGUCACACUCUCUCUCAUCCGGAUUGCCGGCGGAAUCUGUACGUUGUUGGCAAUCAGCAAUGACUCGUCCAACAUCUUGAUCGCAGAGGCAGUGUGCGAGCUGAUUGGUAUUGCACCACUGCUGCUGACCUAUAUCGGGCUGCUGAGGCAAAUCGAUACGAAGCAGAGGGUCCAUCCCAAGUUCAUUUCCGCAGUUGCCAUUACCUGUUUCAUCGGCCUUAUUCUUGGAAUUGCGGGAAUCAGUAUCGACGAUGACAACACGAGCACCUAUCACGCAAACAGCAUGGUCAAGGCGGCCAUGGGGAUUUUCCUCGCCGUGUUUGCUAUCGUCACCCUGCUGACAGCUUGGCUGGCCGUCCAGCUGCGACCCACAUUAGGCGCAGGGCAAAAGAAGUUGUUCCUAGCGAUUCUUCUUAGUUGGCCGUUCCUGUUAGUCCGGGUGGUCUACUCGGCGAUCGCCGAUUUCACCGACGAUCCUCGUUUUGCUAUCUUAACGGGUGACGCCACCAUAUACCUGUGCAUGGAUGUGCUGGAGGAGAUUAUUGCCAUGGUAAUCUGUGUGGUCUUUGGGGUGUUGGCUGUGUUAAAUAAAGAAGGCAAACAGCCUUUAGAUGAGGAGAAGUCCGGCCCCGGGAGUGGUGAAAUAUAG